AUGCUACUCAUACUUUUUACCACGGCGCUCAUUGUAACUGAAACAACCAAUGGGUUCAACUGGCUAAACUAUGCCAACAACAGCUGCAUAGAGCUUAUCAAAGAAGGAGGAGAGAUUGCAUGCAAUCUUACAGGACAGGGGCAUUAUGGUGGAAUGAGUAUUGGGAAUUGCUGGGUGUAUUGCACACAACGCCAUCACGAUUUUCUCUUACCCCCAAAACAAUGUGAACGAAUAUUGAGGGUGCAGUCCUGGGCGACGUACCAGAAGAUGUUUGGUGAACUUCCGCCGUACGGAUUUGAGUUCUGCAGCGAAAGACUCGAAAAGAGCAUGAAGUACUGGGCUGAUUCCUGGAAGACAUUGCAAGCAAAAGUGAAAAGAACUAUGUGCCCAGGAGAAAAAGAAACGGCUAAAUAA